ACGGUUGCUACUCGGUCGCGAGGGGCGGGGCGCCUGUCAGGGAAGCGGCGCGCUCGGCGGCGGGGGCGGGCUGAGGCUCCGCCGCGCAGUGCCAGCGCCAGCACUAGACCCGCGCCCCGCGCUCUCCGGCCCGCCGCCUGCGUUCUGGCUCGCGAGCCCGCACUCCCGCCCUGCCCGUGCGCUGCCCGAGUAUGGAGCUGCUGUGCUGCGAGGGCACCCGGCACGCGCCCCGGGCCGGGCCGGACCCGCGGCUGCUGGGGGACCAGCGUGUCCUGCAGAGCUUGCUCCGCCUGGAAGAGCGCUACGUGCCCCGCGCCUCUUACUUCCAGUGUGUGCAGAGGGAGAUCAAGCCGCACAUGCGGAAGAUGCUGGCGUACUGGAUGCUGGAGGUGUGUGAGGAGCAGCGCUGUGAGGAGGAAGUCUUCCCCCUGGCCAUGAACUACCUGGAUCGCUACCUGUCCUGCGUCCCCACCCGCAAGGCGCAGUUGCAGCUCCUGGGUGCGGUCUGCAUGCUGCUGGCCUCCAAGCUGCGCGAGACUACGCCCCUGACCAUCGAAAAACUCUGCAUCUACACCGACCACUCUGUCUCUCCCCGCCAGCUGCGGGACUGGGAGGUGCUGGUCCUGGGGAAGCUCAAGUGGGACCUGGCUGCCGUGAUUGCCCAUGAUUUCCUGGCCCUGAUUCUGCACCGGCUCUCUCUGCCCCGUGACCGACAGGCCUUGGUCAAGAAGCACGCCCAGACUUUUCUGGCCCUCUGUGCUACAGAUUACACCUUUGCCAUGUACCCGCCAUCCAUGAUUGCCACGGGAAGCAUUGGAGCUGCAGUGCAAGGCCUGGGUGCCUGCUCCACAUCUGGGGAUGAGCUCACAGAGCUGCUGGCAGGGAUCACAGGCACUGAAGUGGACUGCCUCCGGGCCUGUCAGGAGCAGAUUGAAGCUGCCCUCAGGGAGAGCCUCAGGGAAGCCGCCCAGACCUCCCCCAGUCCAGCGCCCAAAGCCCCCAGGGGCUCCAGCAGCCAGGGGCCCAGCCAGACCAGCACUCCCACAGAUGUCACAGCCAUCCACCUGUAGCCCUGGCGAGGCCCCCUCGAGUGGCCACCGACAGCAGAGGAGGGGACACUGCCACCCCCCUCCCUGCCUGCAGGAACGAACCAUGCCACAGCUGAAGCCCGAGGGGGCUCCUUCCUACUUGCCUGUUGCAAGCCGAAGGGGUCGGGUCCUACCUGUCCCUGCAGUGUGCACUAAGGGGCCUGGCCAGCUGCGGCGGGUGGCCAGUCAGGCUCCUCCUCCUCCCUGCAUCUGACCAGCUCAGCCCCCAUCCCGGUCUUAGCUGGGGGCGGGCCAGGCUGGCCAGAGAUGAAAUUGAAGUCUGUAGAAUACAUGUGCCAGCAUUCCUUUUGGGGGCCCCCUUAUCUCUGGGGCUCUCGUGUUCUCAACUGCCAAAGUUGAACCCGGGCCCUCGGCAGUGAAAGCGCGGAGUCCUAACCACUGGACUGCCAGGGAAUUCCCUAGUUACUGCAUUUGGAUUGGGGUCUUUCUGAAGAAUCCUCACAUGUUCUAGACACAUGUGAGAAGAAAGAGUGGACAUCUCCUCUCAAUGCACUUGGAGGCCCCUGCAUAAUCCAUGCUCUCAGCUGCUCCUAGAGGGAGGGGCCCUGGCCUCUGUCUGAGGGGCAGGAACCAACCUCCUCGCUUUGCUUUCUGCUCAGCUUCUCCUGUGUGAUUGGGGGGUGGAGGGGCAGUGCUGAAGGAAGAGGUUGUUUUAAUUUAUUAAUUGCUUUGAGUACAGCUGUAAGAGGGUGUGGUGGGGCCUAUCUACCCUGAGUGGUGGUGACCCUGGUGGUUGCUGCAUUCCUCCCCUAUCCUACCGCUAGAGGAUCUUCAUGGCCGAGGAGCUGCUACAGCCUGGGGUGGGGCCACGCCCUCCUCUCCCUCUGGCCCUCUGCUCCAUCCUGCAAGGCUGGGGGAUGAAGUAGCGAUGACCUGGAGGUGACCAAGCCCCCUGUCUGGAGAGGGAGGCAAGCCCUGUUGACACAGGUCUUUCCCGAGGCCACAAGGUCCAGGCUGGUGGCCCAGGACCAUCAUGCUACCUUAAUAAAGAUUCUGAAAUAAAA